GCCUGCCUGCCUGCUCCGAGGAGUGAAGACGGCGAGAAAAGCAACCCGCUUUGAUAUUUUUGAACAGUGCCGUUCUUGUCUUUCUCUUUCGUGGGUGGCUUCCCUUUUUGGAAUACGAUGCCUCUGUGCGCCGGAACCACGCGUUUCUGAGCUGUUCCUUCCUGGGGAAUCCGGCGAGCUCUCCCCCUCCUCCUCCCACCCUGGAAAGUCGCGUGCUUUUUGUUGGCUCUCAUAGUUCCUUUUCUUUAUAUCUAUUGUCAGCAAUAAACAUUUUGACUUAGAGUUGAAGAUGCCGGAGAUCCAAUUGGGUUGUCACACAGUCAGGUCCCAUGGAAUCAAAGUGGCAAGAGUACACAUGCAUGACUGGUUGAUCCUCUUUCUUCUUGUGGUAAUAGAGAUUAUAUUGAACGUCAUAGAGCCAUUUCAUCGAUUUGUCGGAGAGGAGAUGAUGAUAGACCUGAGGUACCCUCUGCAAGAUAAUACUGUUCCCAUCUGGGCUGUUCCGAUUAUUGCGAUAUUGCUGCCGUUUGCUGUAAUUCUCAUCUACUACUUCAUCAGAAAGGAUGUUUAUGACCUGCACCAUGCCUUAUUGGGUCUUCUAUAUUCUGUGCUUAUCACUGGAGUUAUAACUGAUGCAAUCAAAGAUGCUGUUGGCCGACCUCGACCAGAUUUUUUCUGGCGUUGUUUUCCUGAUGGUAAAGGGGUGUUUGAAACUGUCACACGGGAUGUAAUUUGUACCGGAGACAAGGCUGUCAUCAAAGAAGGAUAUAAAAGUUUUCCAAGUGGGCAUACCUCAUGGUGCUUUGCUGGACUGGGUUUUCUUGCGUGGUAUUUGUCAGGGAAAAUCAGGGUGUUUGAUCAUAGAGGCCAUGUUGCGAAGCUUUGUAUUGUCUUUCUCCCGUUACUUUCAGCAGCUCUUGUAGGAGUUUCUCGAGUUGACGACUAUUGGCAUCAUUGGCAAGAUGUAUUUGCUGGGGCUCUUCUAGGGACAGUCAUUGCUUCAUUUUGUUACUUGCAGUUCUUUCCGCCUCCGUAUGAUGUAGAUGGUUGGGGGCCUCAUGCUUACUUUCAGAUGUUGGCAGAAUCGCGGAAUGGCCUUCAAUCAUCGACAAGCACAAACCAUCUGAGAGUACAGCACUCAGAGCUUGAGAGCGUGUACAUUGAUUCUCAACGUGGAAUGGAAACAUCAAGUGGCAACGUCAGGGAUACGAGCCCCAUACUAGACGGGGUGGAGAGCAACUGGAGGCACUGACUUUGGGCUUCGACUUCGAGUACAUGUAGAAUCUUUAGUUUUCAUCAGUACACGUGGAAGAGUACAAAACAAAAAGGAAAUGGUGGUUCUCUUAUUCCUUUGGACGUUUGGUUGUGCAUAGUGUAAUUUUGGGCUGCUAGGUUCUGGUUGUUUUCUAAUCUGGUAGCUUCUGAAUCAAAUGUUUGUAGUGCAA